UAACAAAUCCAAAAACACCACUACACCACCAUGAAUAUUUACUUCUUCAAUACCCCAUGACUCAAACAAUAUCCUCUAAAAUUCGAAACUAGAAUUCUUUAGAUUUUCCUAUCAAAAUUCAUCUGCAAAUAAUAUCAAUUCAGUUUAAUCAUCACUUUCAUGGCUGCUGCCGGCCUGGAGCUGUCAUGUCUGUUUAUUUCUCUCCUUUUCCUUUCACUUAUUCAUUUUUCAUCUUGUCAAUCAAAUUCUCCUCAGAAUCUUGAAACAUUCUUCCCGUCUAUCCCCAUAACUCCACCUUUUGUUCCUCCGACAAGACCUUCACCGGACCCUGUUCCAAUAUUUCCAGGACCGCCGGAACCUAGACCGUCACAACAUUCCACCGGUAAAACCGUUGGGAAAGCUGUUGGGAUAACAGCAGCUAGUACUAUUGUAGUUGCCGGACUCUUCUUCUUCUUUCUUCAGAGACAUGUUAUUGCCAAUCGGAAAAAGAAAAAUGAAGACCAGAAAACCGAUACUAACACCACCAAUGGUAUGGUUUUUCACCGGGAUCCUCUUCAGCGGGAUAACGUGAGAAUGACUAAAGAAGAAAUGAAACGAUUUGAUGGAACCCUGAAAGGUAUAGUCGUCGAUGAAGAUGGAUUGGAUGUACUGUAUUGGAGAAAACUUGAAGGCGGAACAUUGCGAAGUAGUUUCAAGAAGGAGGUUUUGUCAAAGAUUACCGAUAUUAACGAAGACGAUGUAAGAAAAGAGAGACGAAAAGAGAGAAGAAAUCGAAGAACUCACUCUGAACCUGUUCAAGAAACUCCGUUUCUCCGUGGAAGUUCGAAUUCAUCUGAUCAGACUAGUCCUAUUGCGAUUUACGAUGACCCAAGAAAUGAGAUUACUCCGUUUAAUAACCGUGAUCGUCGAACUGGAACCGUUAUUCAGACUAUGUCUGUGCCGAAACAGGAACAAACCCCGAUUCAAUCACAAACACCACCACCUCCGCCGCCUCCACCGUCUACGUCAUCUCUACCACCACCGCUGCCGCCGCCUCGGCCCAUAAUUGCCGAGAAGAAAGUUUCGGCACCACCAUUACCGCCACCUACUCUCCCUAAAAUUGCCACAAAGGAAGUUUCAGCGCCACCCCCACCGCCACCCAAGUUUUCAAAACCACCACCUCCACCACCAAAAGGAAAAUCAGUAAAACCAGUUUCUGGAGAGUUUUCUAGUGAGAGUUCGGCUGAAGGGUCAGGUAAGACUAAGUUGAAGCCAUUACAUUGGGAUAAAGUUACAGCUAAUCCUGAUCAUUCAAUGGUGUGGGAUAAAAUCAGUGACGGUUCUUUCAGGUUUGAUGAUGAUUUGAUGGAAGCUUUGUUUGGAAAUGUUGCAACCAAGAAAUCACCAAAAGGGAAUCCAACCAAGUCAAGCAUGGCUGUGGGUGGUGCUAAUCCAAAUUCCCCCACUCAAAUUUUCCUGCUUGAUCCAAGAAAAUCCCAAAACAUUGCAAUUGUUCUCCGGUCUCUCGCGAUAUCUCGGACAGAAAUCCUGGAUGCAUUACAAGAAGGCCGCGGUCUGGAUUCCGACACCUUAGAAAAACUUGCAAAGUUUGCUCCAACAGAAGAAGAAGAAACUGCACUUGUUGAAUUUGAUGGAAACAUAACAAAACUUGCAGAUGCUGAGUCUUUCUUGUACCAUAUUUUCAAGGCUGUUCGCUUUCCGUUUGCGCGUCUUGACGCUAUGCUAUUUCGAUUGAAUUACGAGCCGGAAAUUCUCCAACUCAAGAACUCGUUAAAAAUACUUGAAGCUGGAUGCAAUGAGCUGCGAACUCGUGGACUGUUCUUGAAACUGUUAGAAGCUAUAUUGAAAGCCGGUAACCGGAUGAAUGCAGGAACCGCAAGAGGGAAUGCAAAAGCAUUCAACCUGACAGCAUUAAGAAAACUUUCAGAUGUCAAAAGUAGUGAUGGGAAAACUACUCUACUACAUUUUGUCGUUGAAGAAGUAGUUCGUUUCGAAGGUAAACGGUGUGUGCUUAAUAAAAACAAUAACUUCACUAGAAGCAACAGCCGCGGCGGUACUAGUAUUGGCGCAUUCAGUGGUGGUCUGAAUGCAGAUCCUUCAUUAUCAAAAGAAGAUCGAGAGAAAGAAUACAUGACGCUAGGACUACCGAUUGUUGGAGGUUUAAGUACUGAAUUCGCGAAUGUUAAAAAAGCAGCAACAAUCGAUUAUGAAGGCUUUGGGAAUAUAUGCACUACUCUGACAAAGCGCGUAACUGAAACUCGAAAAUUCACUGCUAAAAUUGAAGCUGAGAGAAGUGGCUUUGUGAAAGAGAUGAAGAGUUUCUUAGAUUCGUCAGACGAAGAACUUAAGGCAAUGAAAGAAGAGCAAGAAAGGAUAAUGAAUUUAGUGAAGAGAACUACUCAGUAUUAUCAAGCUGGAACUAAAGACAAAGAUCACCCACUUCAGUUAUUUGUUAUAGUGCAUGAUUUCCUAAGAAUGGUCGAUCACGUCUGCCUUGAUAUUGCUAGGAAUGUUCAAAAGAAGAAACCUGCUGAGCCGGCUGCAGCUGCUGCAGGUUCAUCUACUAGUUCAUCUUCGCCGCCAAAGAGGGCUCCAGUGAGGUUCCCUUAUUUGCCUGUAAAUUUUUUGUCAGAUAAGUCCAAGUCCUCCUCUUCAGGUGGUGAUUCUUCAGAUGAUGGGUUUUAAAAGAACUCGGAUUCAUUUGAAAUUUUUCGUAUUUAUUGAAUUUAAGAGAUUUGUUUCGUGUACAUAGACAAUUGAGUAACUGAAAAUUCAAGACCAAACUCUGAAGUGUGAAUGUUGUUACUAAUGAAAAAGGAAAAAAAUUUGGUUAUUGAAUGUUUGAGUCUGAUUCUUUUCCUGGUUAGGAAGGUUUUCAAGUUCUAUUUUAAGAAACCAGUAAUGAAAUGACUCAGAAAUCAGUGUAAA